AUGGUGCCCGAAUCGUCACAAGCAGGCGUAAUGUUGCAAAGUUGGAAAUUUGGUGAAGCUGGAAUUCUGGAUAUUUGGGUGUUCUUGUUUCUGUUGUUGGCUUGGUCAGAUUGUUCUCGAAAGGACUUAAGGUCAGAUUGUUCUGUUAAGAUGUCAAGUCAGGAUGCAUUAGAUGAACCUCAACCUGAGAUUUCAGACACUAAUUUGCAAGAGUCUGAAAGUGGCAUCAAUCAGUUGGAAUAUAAUGGUAUUAGAUACGAUAAGUUGGCUCCAGAAGACAUUAUAGGCGUGAAGUUUGUAACUGUUGAGGCAGCAGAGACUUUUUACUAUGCUUAUGCGAAAGCAAUGGGUUUUGAUGUUAGAAAGGAUGACAAGAGAACAAGUGCAAGGACUGGGAGAGUCACUAUCCGCAAAUGGGUUUGUUCUGCAGAGGGGGAAAGACUAGAGAAAUAUAUGGACAACAAUAAUAAUGUCCGUAUGCCAAAGAAAUUGACAAGGUGUCACUGCCCAUGUUUGUUCAAGGUAAGGUACUUCAAGGAGAAGAACUCGUAUGUCGUAGUUGAUUUCAAAACAGAUCAUUCACAUGAUCUUGCACAGCCACAGGAGUCUCAUUUUCUUAGGUCACAUCGGUCUGUCCCAGAUUCUCAUUUAGCUUUAGCCACAUCUAUGCGGAGAGUAUCCAUUAAGACUUGUCAUGCAUAUCAAUACAUGGCUGACAUAUCUGGAGGGUUUGCGAAUGUUGGUUUCAAAAUGAAAGACUUGUACAAUAAAUUGGACUCGAGUCAACGUGAAAUUGUACUUGAAGGGGAUGCAAAAGCUACACUUGCCUAUCUUGAAGGAAAAGCAGCUGAAGAUAAGAAAUUAUUUUGCAAGUACAGCACAGAUGAGAGUAACAGGUUGGCCAACUUAUUUUGGAGAGACUCAACUUCAUUGCUAGAUUAUUGUUGUUUUGGGGAUGUUUUGGUAUUUGAUAGCACCUACAAGACUAAUCACUAUGGGAAGCCCUUGGUAUUGUUUGUGGGAUCAAACAACCAUCUAUUGACUACAAUUUUUGGUUUUGCAUUAUUGGUAGAUGAAACAGUUGAGACAUACACAUGGGUUUUGCAGAUGUUCUUAGAGUCUAUGGAGGGCAAAAAACCUCUGGGCAUUUUGACCGACGGUGAUGAAGCAAUGGGAAAGGCUAUUGAACUAGUGGUUCCAGGUUGUCCACAUCGUUUAUGUACAUGGCAUAUUUCUAAAAAUGCUCAGAAAAACUUACGCAACCCUGAAAUAGUUGCAGAGUUCAGACGUUGCAUGUUUGAUGAAACAACUCCCUGUGGUUUUGAGCAACGAUGGAGAGCUAUGGUGGAAAAAUAUGGUCUUCAUAAUAGAAAUUGGGUGAAGAUGAUGUAUGAUAAACGAGAGAAAUGGGCUGAAGCAUUUGUGAGUGGACAUUUUUUCGCUCGCAUGCGUAGCACGCAGCGAUGUGAAGGCAUGAAUAGGUAUGUGAAGGAUAGUCUCAGCUUCAGUGGAGUGAAAUUGAUUGAACUCAUUCCGCAGCUUGAUAAAGCAUUGGAACGACUUAGAAAUAAAGUAGCUGAAGAAGAUUUUCGAUCAAAUAACUCCGCUCAUAUCGGGUUGGAGGACUGA